AUGCCUCUCUUAUACCCAUCAGGCGCCCGAACCUUGCACAGGCUCUCCCCAUUUCAGCGUCUGCUCAAGAUUGCGCGACACACGCCUGCGUCCUCUGCAUCAACAAUAGCCGACUCGGAUGCGCCCUCAUGUCAGGGCUUCAAGCCUUCCGAGUACGAAGACAUCGUGGAGGAUCCCGUCUCACGAGGCUCGCGACACGACUCGCGCCAAGUCGAUGAUGCAAAGCUCAGGGCCGACUGGGACGCGGUCAAGUGCGAUACUUGCGGUCGCAGCGUGGAAGAGCAUGCAGCACUCACCGACGCCGACGACGAGGAGGCUACACGCAGAGCCAAAGUCGCAGUACGACUCGACGAGCUCUUGGAAGACAAAGGCAAGCUGCUCGACUUUGACUAUGUUGACGCGGAUAUUGAAUCGCUGCGCAAACAGAUGAGGCCGGUCGGUGCCGACGGGCUCGUCGAUACGUUCAGUCCAGUCUCGCAACUCAGCACCGUGCCCGACGCCACGCCAAGUCCACACCCGUCCGCGCAAUCGCUCCCCAAUGGCUCCGGUCCGCAUUCUUCCACGCCGCUACUGCAGAGCUUGAAUCGCAAACGUAAGCUCCGCGAAUCAUCCCGUUCACGGUCGCGAUCGCACGACAGGGAGGCGUCCGUAGCCACCUCAAGUCGUCUGUCCAGCCCGGAGAUGACCGUGAACCAUUCCAACCCAGCAUCACGACAACAUUCAAUCGAGCCCAGCACAGCUAACGGGCGUCACGACGCGAAGCGACGAAAGUUCGUGUCGUCCGACCUGGCCAAGGAAAGCACGACGGAGGCCAACAUAUCAACAGACCUCAGCGACGAAUCGACUGAGCUUAAAGAAACCGAAGCGGAGGAUGAAGUAGGCGCAGCAGAGCACGCAGCAGCAGAUCCGCAAGAUGUCGUCGAUGUGACAUCAGACAAAGAUCCAGGCGAGGAUGGAGAGACCAAGGUCAAGGCCGAAGAAGCCAUCGACCUCGAGGAAGAGCUGCAGCCAGCACCAAAGAGCGCCGCCUCUGCCGCCGAGGAAGGAGUUGCGCCCAAAAAGGAACGCCCAGCUGUUAUUGAGGAGCGAACAGGUCUGAUCCAGUUCCGAGUGGUGACCAACGAUGACAACCACGAAUCCAUGAUCCUUCUCACGGGACUCAAGAACAUCUUUCAACGUCAGCUGCCCAAGAUGCCGCGCGAGUACAUUUCACGCCUUGUGUUUGACCGGAAUCACCAGAGUGUCGCCAUCGUCAAGCGUGGAUUGCAGGUGGUAGGAGGUAUCACAUACCGCCCCUUCAAGCAGCGCAAGUUUGCCGAAAUCGUCUUCUGUGCCAUCACCAGCACGGAGCAGGUCAAAGGAUACGGCUCGCAUUUAAUGAAUCACCUCAAAGACCACGUCAAGGCCUCGUCGCCCGUGAUGCACUUUCUCACGUACGCUGAUAACUACGCCAUCGGCUAUUUCAAGAAGCAGGGCUUCACCAAGGAGAUCAGUCUGGACCGAUCGAUCUGGGUGGGGUACAUCAAGGAUUACGAAGGAGGAACAUUGAUGCAGUGUAGCAUGGUGCCGCGCGUCAAAUACUUGGAGGUGCAAGACAUGCUUGCAGCGCAAAAAGAAGCGGUGCUGGCCAAGAUUCGAAGCAUCAGUCGCUCGCACGUGGUACACAAGGGCCUGCAGGCCAUGCACGAUCGAGAUCGUCUGAUCAAGCUCAAAGGGCUGAUCGAGAAUCCAGACGGAACGGUAGCUAAACCAGAACGCGCAGCCAAACGAGAUCAGCACCACGGAGAAGAAGAUCCAACGGCGACGUUCUUGGUGGAUCCCUCUGAGGUGCCCGGGUUGAAGGAGAGCGGAUGGACGCCCGAGAUGGACGAGCUCAGUCGACGACCCAAGCGAGGACCACACUUUGCAGUGAUGCGCCAUAUCCUCGUGGAGCUCAACGGACACGGCAGCGCCUGGCCGUUCGUCAAUCCGGUCAACGGAGACGAGGUGACCGACUACUACGAUGUGAUCAAGAAUCCGAUGGAUUUGUCGACCAUGGAGGCCAAACUGGAGAACAACCAGUACGCGAACGUGGAUGAAUUGGUGGCCGACGCUCAACUCAUCUUUGACAACUGUCGUUCGUACAACCCGGCGUCGUCUCCCUACGCCAAGAGUGCAACUAAGCUGGAAAAGUUCCUCAAGGAGACGUUACUACCAAAGGUGCAGAGUUCGCUGUGA